CUGUUCCUGAUUGCAGCAGUAGCUGCCUGCGAGCAGUUCUGGAUUUCCUAUACACUGGCCAGCUGGGAUUGAAUCACCACGUGGAUACAAUGGAACUGAUAGCAUUUGCAGACCGUCUGUGUUUGUGUGGCCUUGUCGCAUUGACAGAGAAGUCUGCUGUGGAGGAACUCCUACAGAUUUCCAGGCAGGGAUCUGACAUUGAUGGUUUAGUCUUACAGUACCUGGAGAUUGCCCAGUUGCACAGUGCUCGACAGCUUGCUGACUGGUGUCUCCAUCACAUCUGUACAAACUACAACAGCAUCUGCCGCAAGUUCCCUAAGGAGAUGAGACACAUGUCUCCAGAUAAGCAGGAGCACUUUGAGAAGUGGCGCUGGCCCCCAGUCUGGUAUCUCAAGGCUGAGGAUCGUUAUCACCGAGCACUGAGAGAGCGCCAACGUGAACAGGAGCUCCUGCAGAAACAGCGGCUGCGCAGGAAGUGGAACUUGUGGAAGUCCAGCUCCACCACUCGCUCUGAGAGGGUUUGAACCCCAGAGCUCGACCCUCCCAUUUACCCCACAGGAUGGUCAGACUUCCAGCAGCUCCCAGCUGACCGAGGAUGAUGAACAGAGUGUGUCAGAACAGAGUGUGCUCCACAAUGUUCCAUCCAUCUCCACUUGCUGCAAGUUAAGGGCUAUACGUUUUGCUGAAAUCAUUUUCAGGGCCAUGUCCUCCUGAGCCCUGGACAAUAGAUUGAGUCCAUGUGCAGAACUUGGGUUCUGUUCUCAAUGAGCCCUGACUUAUUAACCUCAGACCUCACACACUGUUAACACCUCAAUCGCCUGUUAACCGACUGACUACCCACCACGUGUGCCUCACUGCGACCGAUCAACUGUUAACCAAAACCUGUAACUGCAAUCGCUCUUUCCUUCCAGAACCUUCCCCCAGUAAUCAACAUUAUCAACAACACAAGGAGAUCCUUAAUGACAGGCUUGAGAACAAUCUCACCGUCCCCGGACACUGCCCACUGUCUCGGGCACUGCCCACUGUCCAGGGCACAGCCCGGGGUCA